GAGACUUUUUUAUUAAUAAUCAAAAUAGUAAACAAAUCCUAAUACUCUUCCUUAAAAAAUUAAGAUAUUAAAUAAUUUUGUUAACAUGAACAAUAGUUUAAGACUUUGUAGAAUAUGCUUAUUUCCUGAGGGAGCUGGUGAACAUAUUCCAAUAUUUGAAACAAACAGUGAAAUUGCAUUUAAAAUAUUUUUAUGUUCUGGUGUCAAGAUUGUAAAAACGAUUGAAAACAGUAUUCCACCAUUGAUUUGUGCUGAAUGCCUGAGGGAGCUACAUGAAGCAGUUCAUUUUCGCAACAAGGCUAUUAAAGCUGAAAAAUAUUUUAAAAAGUCAAAAGCAUUGGAAAACAAAGAAGAAUUCGAUAAACAAUUUGAGCCUGAGGUUCAUAUUAAGCUUGAAAAUGAUGAACUGAACACAGAGAAAAUUAAAUGUGAACCUUAUGAAGAUGAUCCUAAUUAUGAGUUUAUGCAAAAUAUUGACGCUAUCGUCAGUAACCCCCAAGCAACAACUGUGAUGGAAAGUUCCUUUGAUGUUUUUUCAUCAAGAAAUACCUUUUUCCUAUAUGAUGAGAUAACAGAACGAAAGAAAAAAUCAAAACAUAUAAAUGUCUAUGAUUUCGAAGAGUUUGGAACUACAUCAGGAGUAGUAAGAUGUAGACUUUGCUUGAAAUCUUUCACAAGUGUUAAUAGCCACCAAAAUCAUAUGAAAACAGUGCAUGGGGAAAUGAGAGAAUCAGAAAUGGAAAAAUGCAAAUAUUGUAAUCGUUAUUUUAAGCUUAAAAUUUAUUUAAAUCGUCAUAUUGCUAGGAUUCAUGGAAAAAAGCAUCAGAAAGGUAGAAAUGAUUCUAAGAAAAAGUUUGAUACAAUUUUUAGUAAAGCAGAUGUCUCGCUUUAUUGCGAGCUUUGCAAACAAUUUUUCACAACCCGUGGAAGUCUUCAAAAGCAUGUAAGAGUCAAACAUGAAUUUGUUGACAUCAAAGAUCGAUUCAUUUGUGAUCAUUGCGGCUCAACGUUUCUCAUCAAAUAUUAUCUCAUCAGACACAUAAGGGUCAGACACUUGCGAAACUUUGUUGAAAAGAAAACACCAGAUCAGCCAACACCAUGUGAAGUUUGUGGAAAGAUUCUUAAAAAUCGUGGAUUACUUAAACCUCAUAUGCGGUCUCAUAAAGUGAUGACUGCUGACGAUUACUGGUAUUGUGAUCUUUGUCCAAGAAAAUUCAAAACUAAAGGUGGAUGUACUUGGCACAUUCAGCAACGUCACGUGCUGAAGACGACUUUUCCAUGUAAACAAUGCCCGGGUGUUGUUUACAAAGGCAAAUGGGAGCUAAAAUGUCACAUCAAGAGUAAGCACACAAACAUCCGUGACUUUAAAUGCGAGAUAUGCGGAAAAGGAUUCAUGGACAAACAAAAGCUUCAAAUACAUACAAGGAUUCAUACGGGGGAGCGGCCUCAUGCAUGCCAUAUUUGCCCUCAAACUUUUAUUCAUCAAACUGAUCUCCGACGACAUAUAUGGGGACAUACUGGUGAACGACCCUACAAAUGCAAUCAACCAAACUGUGGUAAAGGAUUUAUGAAACGAUCAGAGUUAAUUAAUCAUGAAAAUCGUUGUCAUCCACCAUUGCAACACCAGCAAGUGCUGCCAUUUCAUCAUUAUCCAAUGUAGAUCUAUAUUUUACAAACUUUAAUCAUUCAAGACAAUUUUAAUCAUUCUGUUCAAUGAAAAGCUUAAAAUAAACUCCAAUAAGAGAUGAAAUUAAAAUCUGUGAAACGUGUAAAUUAAUUGCUGUCAAUAUUUAAAUACGUAAAUUUUCAAUGAUUAUCUUAUGCUGUGUUGACUUGUAAUGGGCA